AUUCAUUCUUUUUAAAUUCUCUAGUUUCAAAAACGUGUCGUCUUAGGCCUUUUUUCAGUUUUUUUUAUUUUAUUUAAGCUGAGUGCCGAGUGUUCUUCACUUUUUCAGUUUCCCCAUCUCAAUUUUAAGCCAAUCCCUAAAAAUAAAAUGUCGUUGGAAAUUUUAGCUCAAGAAAAAGUGUGGCUCGACAAAUCAAAGUAUGCUGAUGCAGAACGUGUGUAUUAUGAAAAACAAUCAAAGAAUAAGGUGGAAAAAACUAGUGGUGGCAGUGGUGCUACAACAAUAUCAAAUACCAGUUGUGCCCCUGGCAAGAAAGUGCUGUUAGCUGAAAUUGAAAAGGCUCGUCAAAUUUUGCGCGAGAAAGUUCUAAGUAUUGACGAAUGUGAAUCAUCUGUAAUUUAUUCAAGGGAUACUGAAUCUUCCAAUACAAUCAAUGCUAUCAAUGAUUUGAAAAAUGCUUUUCAAAAGUUGGAAAUCCGUGUUAGUGUGUUGGAGGGAAAAUCUUCAACUAGUUCAUCAAGUAAUUCAAGUCCAUCGAAUCAAGAUAUUGAACAACUACAAAGUCGUUUGGCACAGUUAGAAGAUCGUGUUAAAUCAUUAGAAAUCAAAAACGCAGCACAGUCUCCUUCUAAACCAGAAGAAAAAGAAACACCUACAAAAAAUGAUGAGGACGAUGAUGUUGAUUUGUUUGGAUCAGAAUCUGAAGAAGAAACUGAAGAGGCAGCCAAACUUAAGGCCCAGAGGGUAGCUGAGUAUUCUGCUCGAAAGUCUAAAAAGCCAACUCUUAUUGCCAAGUCAAACAUUAUAUUGGAUGUUAAGCCAUGGGACGAUGAAACUGAUAUGAAGGAAUUAGAAAAGGCAGUGCGUCAAGUUGCUACUGAUGGUUUACUAUGGGGAGCAUCUAAAUUGGUUCCAUUAGCUUAUGGGAUACAUAAGCUUCAGAUUAGUUGUGUUGUUGAAGAUGAAAAAGUAUCAAUUGAUUGGCUACAAGAGACAUUACAAGAAAUUGAAGAUUUUAUACAAAGUGUUGACAUUGCAGCUUUCAACAAAAUUUAAGAUCGAAAAUUAUUUUGUCUUAUUCAAAACACCUUAAUAAAGUAAUGAAAAAUUGUGAAACAUAAAUAACCAUUAUCUGUAUAUUUUUUUUCAAAUGAUUCAAUUAAAAUAUAAAAUCUGAUCCUGAUAUUUAAAUAUUAA